UCCUCUGUCUUUCAUUCCUCGCUGCCUCAGCAGAAACUGGAAAGCACUGGGCUCUGAUUGUAGCUGGAUCCAAAGGAUGGCACAAUUACAGGCACCAGGUAAUCAUCAGAAUCAGCAAGCAAACAUCAUAUCACCUGCAAGGUUCACCUUAUUAUUUCGGCCUAAGAACAAAUGCGCAAAUAACAAUCAGAGUAGGACGCUUUUCAGUCUCUCCCGGCAUGAUGCAAGCAAAAGCAAAUUAAAAUUACUGAAUGUAUCAACAUACUUUAUGCCUCAUAACUCACAAAAUGAAAGUCACGAGACUUGGGGAAUGUGGACACGCACUUCCUCGUUCGAACGGAAGAUAUUUAGGAGUUAGGUUGCAAAGGUAACUGUACAACCACAAAUUGUUUGAGAGAUAUUUUAUUUUCCUUUCUUUUUUUUCUUUUUCUCUGUUUUCUUUUAUUGAAGAACUACAUGCGUAAUACAGCAUGGGGUUACACUUUUUAGCUCUUUAUACAGGAUGGCUACAUGCUGUUCUUGACGGAAAUCUAACUGAUAGGGUUUUCUUAUUACCGUACUCAGCGCACCAUGAGGUGUUAGGCAAUUUGAGGUAAAGGUCUAUGGUUAACUGGAAACUGAAAAUUAUUCUCAAAAACUACUCAAAUUGGGUUUGAACCAGUUCUUUGAAUUAUUCAGAUAUGCCAUACAAUUUAUUGUUUUUAUUUUCCUUAUCACGUAAAUGUCUUGGUCGGUCCCUUAGGCAAAAAAAGAACUCGAGAAAGAGGAAACGGUAUUGCUGCUAACUGUACUUAUAAUCCUAAUGUCUCUAAAUUAGAUGUUCAUCCAAGAAAAUUCGUUUUUUAUGAUCAGUCUAACAUUAAAGUCUUUCUCAACACGGAAAAAGUGUGUAAUUAUGCGAACCUCACUUGGGUGGAGUUCGUGCAAAUGCAUGAGCACUGUUACCUAGUAACGCGUGACGUGUUUUACGUCACGUUCCAUUGGGAGUCUUCUUAGAUGGAAGCUGUGUAGUAACACCUGUUUAGAUGCGGUCGGAGAAACUAGGAUAUAGAUCGAGAUAUUCGAAGUGAACUACGUCUGAUGUUUUGACUGUAAUUUGGAAAGCUUUGUUCGCUUAGUGGAUAAAGAUAAAGCAGAUGUAGUUUAGAAAAUGGUUUUGAUCUUUGAAAUUCAAAAAGAUUUCGUCCAUGCAAGGUGUUUGGCAGGAUAACUAGUAAUCUAAUGGGAAUAUGUAUAACGGCGUAACAUGCGACUAAGAUUUUACGCAACUAACCCAGUCGGUAGAUUAGUUAUAAUAAAUUAAUAGAUAAUUAAGUUAUAUUACUGGCGUAAAAUUUACAUUAUAUACACCGAUGCAUAUAGUGGCGUAAAAUUUUACAGUCUAUAGACUGUGUCAGUCACAUAUUACGCCGUUAUCUAACUACCGGAAUUUAACACUUUCGCCUGAAGUUUUUUUUAGUUUCUAAUGUAGAAUCUGAAAGUGAAAUGUUCAGUGAAAUUCGGCCCAAUCGUGGCUCACAAAGAUAUGCGAGUUUUUUCACAUGACAAGUAGAAAACAAACUGUUCAAGGCGAGUGUUUUAUGAAUAAACGACAGCCGAAUUCACCAGAACAUGAAGAUCGCUCGGAAUGACAGCGCCGUAAAACUCGGCAGCAGCGACUGAUGUGGCCUUCCACUCAACGCAUCGGAAAGGUUAUCAGUGCAAGCUCUUAUUUUUCCACUCGAAGGGUUGUCGAUUUAGUUCCUGAGGCUUGCUCCACCGCGAUGACCGAGGAUCGCCAUGAUGAGCUAGCCGCUAGUAAUAGACCUCAGCAUGAUCGCAGUCGCUCUGACACCGUCAUGAUUAGUAUGAAUUUUAACAGUUAUGCCAGGUUAUAUAUUUCAUAAUUCCUGUUUUUUUCUGUUUUGUUUUUGAACGCGAAACUUUAUUUACUAUACAAGUGUUAGCUGUAUUUGAUUUUUAUUACCGUACGUAAACUUGAAAUCUAACUGAGCGUGAAAACCUUAAAAACUCGGACUUUCCAUUUAACAAAUAGAUUCCAAGUUGCCGUGCGUCUGUUCAAUAAUAGAUCACAGAUGACGUCAAAAUCUGGUAAGAACAAAAAAGUGGCACACGAGGCGCAGCCGAGUGUGUCACUGAUGUUCUUACCACAUUUUGACGUCCUUUGUGAUCUAUUACUGAACAGACGCACGGCAACUUGGAAUCUAUUUGUUUUAUAUAAUAAAGAAUUAAAAUAUACGGAAAAAGUUUUAAUGAUGACGUCAUCUAUACGUCUGUCCUCCAAUAGAUCAUAAGUGAGAACCAAUCAGAAUGAGUGCAUAACUGAGCUUAAUAUAUAAACUCUCAUAGAGCACGCAUUAUAUCCGAACUUUAUUAUAACAUUCUGUGAAGUGUCCUUCUUCUGGUAACCAUUAAAACCUCUUCGGAAUGAAAAUAGAUAGAUGCUCUCUUUGACGAGAACUUCAAAUGAUGUGUUCAUUUUCUUGUAUUUAGGCCAAUACAUGCCAUGCCUACCAGAUUCUCCACAAAAAUGGUAUUCCUGACGAAAACAUUGUAGUCAUGAUGUAUGAUGACAUUGCCAAUAAUCCCUUGUAAGUUCACUGGAUUCCAAUAAAUGUAUCUUAAUUAAAUGAACUUAAGUUCCGCACUAAUGUAAUUGCUCAAAUAUGUGGGAGACAUGUUUAAAAGUUUACCUUAAGUAGUCCAGGUAUGAGAACUGGCUGAAGCAUGGUGUUGUGUUCUUAGACAAGAAAUUUUACCAUUGUAAUGCCUCUCUCUCCCCAGGAGUGUGUAGAAGAGUACCAAUGAGAAAUAUCAGGGAAGCACUCAACAUAAGGGGGGGGGGGAGGGGGGCAGAAACUGCAAUGGGCUGGCAUUGCAGCCAUGGGGUGUAGGAAUUCUCCUCAUUACUUUAUGGUUAAGAAUCCAACAUAAGCUCUAGAUAGAAAGGCCUCUUGGCAAGAUGUUUUCCAAAAAUGUGAUACAUGUUCAUGUACAUACACUUGGGGUGAGAGAGACUGUACUGCAGUCUAACAAAAAUUAUGAUGGUUAUAUAAAUAAAGGGUGAGGUUUAGAGGAACAGGGCGAAUACUAAGUAUUGAGUUUUGUGGGACCACUUAAUUAGCCAAUCAUACAUGUACAUGGGAAGCCAAAAAUAUGAAGGACUUAAUUAUUACAAUUUCACAAUGUGCCCAUAAUAAUUGUAUGCAUGGAAAUUAAGAAAGUUGGCAUAAUCAGGAUGCUAGAUAACCAUGUAGUCUAUUCUGCGUACCACUAAUGGCACAUGACAUUACAUGGAUCAAAUUAGCUGGUUUCAGCUAAGAUUUCUGUUAAUUCAUGUUACUCGUUCACUGGCUGAGAUUGUGUAGUUAUCCCUCAAUACAAGAGAAGAAGCUAGGACAAGAAAAUAUUUUUGACAUUUUGCUCACAAACAUCCCAUUUUUACAAAGGAAUUGAAUUAAUCAAACUAAAGUAGUCUUGUUUAUUAUCAGGAAUCCAACACCUGGCAUCAUUAUAAACAAGGUUAGUUGAUUGAAUUAUAUUAUAUAUCUUUUAUUACAUGCGUACAUACAUGCAUCUUAUAUGAUUUAAAAAAAAUAAUCAUCCUAAACUUUACAGAAGGCUAUAAAUUAAUUUAUUUAUGGCAUAGUAAUAUAAGAACUGUUGAUGAUUUUUGAGCUAUAGUGAUUGUUAUCAUAUAUUUAUAUGUAGUGUGCUUGAAGUAGAGUUACAUGUACAUGUCCCAGUAAUUGCUCUGAGGAGCACAGGGUAUAUAAUGGUAAUAAGACUGAGUGGAGUCCAAUUCAGUAUGUAAUCAUAUGAGCGAUAAAAAAAAUCGGAUGACCAUGUAGUGGGAGUCUGAUUUGUUAAUCACAAGACAGUGUAAUUAACUAUAGAGAAUUGGAACACAAAGUUCUGUGACCUAUUAACCCAAAGUAUAGCAAAAUUCAAGAGAAAAACUAGACAUCGUAUAUGUGUACAUAUAUCCUAUAGGUGUCCAAAUUGGGCUGGUAAUAACCAAUUACAUUCAAGAAUUUUGUUAUAAUUUUGAUCAAAUGUAGUACUGUAUCAUAAACUAAAUCACUCUUAUAUUUUUCCUUACUCAUGCAGCCAAAUGGAGACGAUGUGUACAAGGGUGUUCCAAAAGACUACUCAAAGGAGGUAAAACUUUCUUAAGUCAUAUUCAAUCUUGAGUAAAUAUUGAGUAAAUUUUUCAAAAUAUUGAAUAAUUUUAAAGCUAUUGUUGGUAAUGUUCAAAACUUUUUUGGCACAAUGGUAUAACGGUCAGGAGAACUUCAUUUCAGAUAAUCUAUUUUUACAUGUGGCUAGAUGUUGUGGGUGGAUGUUGAUUACUUCUCUGGAAAUUCAUGGAACUACUUGAGGGCUGACUUUUAGACCCUAUAUUUUUAUUUUCUAUUUUAUCUCAAGUUUAUCUUCCCCCUUUGAGUAUCAUCCAUUAUUCUCUGCCCUUUUCCCCUCUGCCCUUUUCCCCUCUGCCCUUUUGCCCUCACCUGACCAUUCACCCUUUCCCUUUAGUCAUAACCAUUCAGCCUACCCUGUAACCUCCUCAUACCUUAUUCUGAAUCCCUUACCCCCAACACCUCAGCCCUCACUUUUUCACCCCACCCAUCCUUCUAACUCUGCACUCCUCAUCACUCACCCCUCCGCCAACAGUAAAACCUCUCCAUACCAUUCUUUUGCCCAUCAGCCCGCACUCCUAAACCCACUCUUCACCCCACCUAUUCUUCACACUCAGCACAAUAUAUUUCCCACUCCUCAGCCCUUACUCUCUGUUACCCCUCCCCUCACUCUGCACUUUUCAUUCCUCACCCCACAACCCUUAGCCCACACUCUCACUUUCCCCACUUCAUUCUUUUUCCUUUUAAUCUCCCCCCCUCCUUAUCAUCCUUUACCCUCACACUGUAGCCCUCUGCCGUCACUCAUCCAUCCUUACCCUUCUUCUUUCAGUUCUAACCUUUCCCUCUCAGCUCAAAGCCUUCAAUGCUGACCUCAUUUUAGACAUGGUGUUUGGUCAGGUAGAAAACUGCAUCUACAUGUACAUGUAGUUAAUUAUACCACUAUGACUGAUUGUACAUGUAAUUAAAUCCAACUGUUAUGUGACAGAGUAGACAUGUAUAUAUGUUGUGGUUCAAUUUAAUCCUUAGUUCAAAUUUUAUUUUCCUUUGUUUAUGGGUAUUGUAAUUAGAAUAACGAGUUUGAAACAAAAGAAAUGAAAAUUUGAACUAUGGAUAACACUGAACCAUAACAUAUACAUAUGGUUUCAAUAACUUUGUGUUACAUGUUUCUUGUUUUUUUAUUCUGUUGAUAUUGAUCCCAUUGUUUAGCACGUGACACCAGAUAACUUCUUGAACAUUCUGAAGGGAAAUAAACAAGCCAUGAGUGGGAUUGGUAGUGGAAAAGUGAUUGACAGGUUUGACCAUUAAAUGCAGCAUAUUAAAUAUUGUAGCUGGUCAUUGGCCAUGAUGAUCUUCAUUUAUGGAUUGUGACUCUAAAUGUACAUAUAUAUUCGUGUAUCAAGACAAACAAAAAAAAUUUUUUUUAUUACAUAUAGCUAUUAUGAACAACUAGCUACAUUUAACACUUCUUCUGACUCAUAGGGUGAGUUAAUUGAACAAUGUUAAGCUGUUGUAUAACAAAACCAUGUCCUAAACAAUCCUCAAUUCAGCUGAACCUUUUAUCUAAACUUUUUUUUUUUAUGUGAGCAGUAUUAACCCUUUAACUCCCAUGAGUGACCAAGACCGAAUUUCUUCUCACAAUAUCAAGACAAUAUCAACUAGAUUAUAGUGAUGAGAAUAAGGAAAAAUAUCAAUUUGGGGAUAAUUAGUUGAUCCAAUACAAAAUUCUCUGAACUAACAUUGUAAGAAUUGUAGGGUUUACGGUAAGGAGAAUUACAAAUUUGAUCAGGGAGUUAAAGGGUUAAGAGGGUUGGAAACUAACAGUGAAAGGGUAUUUAUUAAUGAAAUCAACACUCUUAUAGAUGAAGGCUUAGGCCCAAUGGUUGCAUUAACCAGUGGUUUGGGUUACACCUCAUGUAAAUAAACAGCCCAUAUAGGUUUAUUUGAUAGCUUGGACUACAUGAAGAUCAAUGACCCAAUCUCAUACUAAAUGUACAGUACUUGAAGAAAUUUGCUUUUUUUUUCUUUCCCUCUCAGUGGGCCAAAUGACCAUGUUUUUGUAUAUUUCACUGAUCAUGGAAAUCGUGGAUAUGUUGUAUUUCCAAGUGGCGAGGUGAGUUUGUGAAUCAGGUAAUUGCAAAAUCCCAAAUGUAAUGCACCUUGCUUUAUUGUAUUUCCAGGUUAAAAGCCAAACUUGCAAUUUCGUUUCAUGUUUUGUUUUACUCCUCAUUGCAUGACUCUGCCAUCUGAAAGCAGAGAAAUACUAAUAAAACUGAGUAAUAUUCUCCAAUCAUAACUCAGAAACACAACCUUGCAUGUUAUUGAAAAGCCCAGUUGAUGCAAGAACUAUGGUGUGUUCCAACACAACUUUACAAUCAAAAUAAGUAUGUGAUUUAUUUAUGGAGAAGGGAAAUUCCACAAAGUUUGCACCAGAUCAAGAAACUAUAAUUAACUGCUGCAACAAUGCUCUGAGAUAAAGUACUACUCAUCUACUGUUUCCUGAACUUGUAGGGGCAACUCAAAUGUGCUCCAUGUACGCAAGGGUGUAGCCAGACUUUUUUUUUAAUGAAAACAUAUAAUUAUAUACAAUUUCUAGUUUCUCUCUCAAAUUUAUAAUAGUUUUGAUCAAAAGGGGGGGUCACACUGUGUCAAUUAGAGGUUACUCACCAGAUUUUCACGUCAACCUCCACACUGUGUUUGACUAAAUGUGACAAAAAAAGUUUGAUUUAAAAUAGGGGGUUGGAGGGCACUGGCACCCCUGGACCCAGUGCCUCCCCUUGCUAUGCCCUUAAUGUAUAUCUGCACCUUUCAAUUAUGCAGCAAAAAGUUGUUAUACAUGUUGCUGGAUGCCUGAAUACCUACCCCUCUUAACCCUUCAACGCCCAAGAUCUCAUCAGUAAUACCCUUACUCCUUACUGUCUGUCAAACAAUUCUUAUGAUGCCACCUCUCAGAAUUUGGCACUGGGUCAACAAGAAAAUCCUCAAACUUAUAUUUUUCUUUAUUCUCAUCACCUGUCUGAUUGAUGUUGUAUUGAUAUUGAAAGGAGAAUUCUGUCUUGGUCACUUAUGGCCAAUGCUAAAAAGGGUAGAGGUCCAAAUUGUUUCCAUGCACAGAUUCUGUGGAUUUUGAUCUUAGUGAACAUAUUAAUUUUUUUUCUCUUCAGUUGAUGGCACAUGACUUAAUAGCUGCCCUGGAUGAGAUGUAUGAAAACAAGAAAUUCAGCAAGGUAUGACAAAUGCUAGUCAUAUAAACCAAAGAUUCAGUAGUUUAUUUAAGAUUCAAUGUACUAUUUACAAGUGUAUGAUGAUGUUAAUGAUUCACCUUGCAUCCUGUUGUGUAGUCUCAUGUACUGUAAGUUUGGCUUUCAUGUGUAAUAGUUGUCACUGAAGGUUAAGGCUGGGCAGUGAACAUGUGAUGUUCUAGGAUCACCUUGACAGAGAUGUUAACGAUAGUUACUAGUACUCAUAAAAGAUUUUACAUUUUUAAUCACUUCAAUCCAACAAUUUUUAAAAAAUAUGUAUACAAUUAUAUGGUUUGUACACAAGAGGAAUAGUCGAUUGGGUAGUCCGAUUGAAAGUAGUCCACAAAAGAACUAUUGUUGGUUGUCAUAACUGAUGUUGCAACAAUAUUAUGGGAAGCUACCAUCAGAGUUAAGUAAGAGUUAUUUUGUCAGUCGAUUGAUGUUAAGUCUGGUUCAGGAAAAGUGAUUGGUCAGUUUAGCCAUGAUUUCAUUGGCUGUAAGACUAAUAUAGCAGAAGUUGGUAGUGAUUGGUUAGUUUCAAUUCUUUGGUAAUGUUCAGUCACCAUGUUCAAUUCUAUUGUGAACACGAUGACAACUACAAUGUAUUCUUACUUGAAGAUUAGACUACACAAUCAGAUAUAUGGUUGGUACGUGCAAAAGUAAGAUCAAAUAAGACAGCUUGAAAAUAUCUGACAGGAGGUCUGGUACUUUUUUUCACAAGCAGCUCCCUCAGUUGGUGUUCUACCUUGAAGCUUGUUACUCAGGGUCCAUGUUUCACAAGAAGCUCAAGACCAACACAGACAGUAUGUGUGCCUUCUAUUUCGUAGGCAAAAUGCAUUUUGCAGAAAACUUUUUAUCAUAGAGAAAAUUUAAACUAACAAGAAAAUAAAUGAAGUUUUGUUAAUAUGAGGUUCCUGUUGGAGUCAUUGGUGGAAACCUCAUCUUUGAAACACUAUACUUAUUGAUGAAUGUGAUUGUCGGGAUCUUUUUUUUUCUAGUCUAUGCGACUACUUCUGCCAAUCCUGGUGAACCUUCCUAUGCUUGCUACUACGACAAGAAAAGGCGAACUUACCUUGGGGAUUAUUACUCUGCGAAGUGGAUGGGAAACUCUGAUGCGGUAUGUGAGAUACCUUACUUCUCUUUUAAUUUUUGCAAUGCUGAGUUCUUUCAAAAGUCAUUCGUUCUUUUAGUAAUGGUAAUUCCGGAUCAUGGAUUAGUAGAUGAACUAGUGAACUAGUAUCUGUUUGACUUCAUAUCGAUUUGCAGGUUGAUCUAACUAAGGAGACACUCAUGAAGCAAUUCCAAAUUGUGAAAGAAGAGAUGAACACCAGUCAUGCGAUGCAGUAUGGAGACAUGGUAUAUUUAUUUUAUAUUAAAUGAAUACGAUUGUUGAUAUUCGCGGUGGUCAAUUGGUUAGCGCGGUGAAAGACUCAGUUGACUCCUAAUUGGAAGAUCCGAGUUCCAGAUCUGGCUGGGGUACUUUUUAAUGUUCCAGGGCAAGACUGUACUUAUAAACCGCCCCUCUCCUCCACCCCAGGUUGACACUGGGUUGUGUCAGGACAACUAAAUCACUAGAAUUUAAAGUCCAAGAGAAAUAGCAGUUCUUCUCGUGGCUUUAUGCAAUGAAACUGGGGUAAGUGCCAAUUAUGUCGAAAAAAGGGAAUUCCUUUAUAAACGUUAAGGAAGGUUGAUUCUGCACUCGAGCCAAGUGCCCCAUCUAGCUAGAGUUUAUCGCGGUUUCUUUCACAUGAAGCGACUAGGAGUAUUUUACUCUCUACUCUCCCUGGAUGUGAUGCUUAGCCCCCCGACCCCCUACCCCGUCAUCUUUCCCUGACUAUUCACCAGUACCUAUUUAUACUCCUGGGUGGAGAGAGGCAUGGUGAGAGUAAGGUGUCUUCUCUAAGAACACAAGACAAUGGCCCGCCUACGUCUCGAACCUGCUAAAUAGUAAUACAAUUCAAUCAAUAAGAGCAUUUCCUCUGUAAGAGAGGAAAGAAAUAUAAUAAUAAACUUAGCACAUAGCUUCUCCAGGGUGGAAUUCUCAGGCCCUUCCAGUAAAUGUGCGCUCAUUCUAGCUCUGUUCAGGCUGUAAGUGAUAAAGAUGCAUCUAUACAUGUGUACAUGCCUUUUGACAGUAAGAUGAAGCUAACAUGAUUAAGCGCAUGUUUUCUGUGACAGGAUUUUGUUAAUGAUGACCUGGACGACUUCCAAGGUGACGGCAUGGGAAGUGUUUCCGGAAAAUCUCCGGAGGAGUAUCGUGGGGAACAAAUUGUAAGAGCUACUUGUAGUUAAGCCACUCUACUAAAUACUGUUCUGUUCAUUGGUAUUGCAGGUUGGGUUUUACUUCAUGCAAAUGAUUCCCUUUUUUUCUGCUGGCUCAGCCUUACCGGGGCGCUGUAAUUGAAGUCUCUUUUGCAAAACAUUCGAAUGUUGGAUACGUUUGCGAGCGCAAGAGCGUAUUUGAUGGUGUCUUUUGUCAAGAAAUCCCAAAUGAAUCAGAUAUUAUUUAGGGAAAGAGGGGAUAAGUUUUUCAAUAAAAAAAAAUACACGGGAAAUACUGUAUUUUAAACUAAAGUUAACAUCGCUGUCAGUUAUGCAAGCGCGAUGAACGUGUAUGGCAUGCUGAGGCGGGGAAUAAGGUCAUUUGAAGAAGCUUCAAGAAAUACUCAAAUCUGCAUGGAUAUUAAAGAUUAAUAUAGAGUAAAACAUUGGAGAGCGUUGAUGGCGCGCUCUGAUUGGCUACUCGAACUCCGAAUAUCCUUUGUCAGUAUAGAUAUAAUAAAACAGUGGAUAGCGUCGAAGGCGCGCUCUGAUUGGCUACUCGAACUCCGAAUGUCCUUCGCUAUUCACCCCCGAGCAACUCACUCGGAAUUUGCGUCCGAAACUGUUGUGAUCGUUUCAGGAAUAAGCGCGUUAAAAUCAUCUUUUUGUGCUGUUAUAUCACUGUUUUAGUAUAUAAUUAAACAACUGUUCACCCCAGUGUCGGGACUAAACGGGUUGCAAACGACGAACUAAAGGAAGUACGCUUUUUCAAGAUCCUGCCUUCUUUACAGGUCUGUUAAUUUGGAACAGGCGAACAACUCUAAUUAAGAAUUUCACAAAAGGAAUAACUCUAACUUGUUGAGUUACAUUUAUUUGCAGACCGAUGCCAUUCCUUCACCAGAUGUCGAGCUGAAUAUCCUUCACCAUCGCCUAAAGGAUAGCGCGAGCCUGGCCGAAAGACAAGAAAUCGCUCGUGAAAUCGAAGAGUUGCUUGAGGUAGAAUAUGACUGUUGUUGUUGUUGUUUUUUUUUAACAUAACUGUCUUAAAUGUUUCUCUUGACUUGACUAUCCUUAUGAACUCCAAAAUCGUUCUAGUGUAUUUUUUAGAGAUGACGUCAGGGUUUUCACGAGUUAUCAGCAUGUAAGAUAGAAAUAGAACUAUUUUCCUGGAAUUUUGGAAUGACCCUUGACAUCAGCCUCACCGUCUACUUUACUCUGCUGUAAGGAAAAUUCUUCCUACGCAGAGGCCCAUAAUCGGGUCGCACUCAAAGAUUUUGAUGGAAAGAGGAAGUUUGAUGUUUCAGUGUGUAAGAGCGUUUAGUUUAGUGUGCAGCAGAACAGCAGUGCUACUCCCAAACGCAAAAAUUCUCGUGUUGCUUAUCCAAAUAGAUCAGGCUCCACUCACUAACAAUGGUUUAACUCAUGACCACAUGACGUCACUUUAUCUCUCGACCCAGUUCUCUGACUGAAAUUAGAAUGAAACGUAGGCUUGCAGCAAUAGACAGUUAAUAUGAAAUAUCGCGAUUUAAAUGAUUGGACUUGGGUAUGGUAUGCCAAAUUUAAAAUAAAAAUCAAGGAAACGCUAAAAAAAGUAUUUUUCAUAGUUAAAGCACUUUCAGUAAACUGUAAACUUUGAGUUGUUCGUUUCGUUUGUUAAAAAACAGCGGGAGGAAGGUGUCAGAAAAACAAUGGAAUCGAUUGUGGAGCAGUGUACUUCCUCUGAGGAGCAGAAGAAUCGGGUCCUGAAGACUCGUGCUGAUCCGGAAGACUUUGACUGUUAUAAGCAGGCUGUCAAAACUUUCUCAAAGACCUGUUACAAUCUGGGACAGGUAAUGAAGACCCCCCCCCUCCUGUUUAGAGGUGUUCUAAUGAUAUAAUUUCGAAAACUCUACUUUAAGACACAUGGCUAUCGCUGUGACAGCCCGUGCCAAAUAAAAUUUCACCCCUAAUGGCUAACUGUGUAACAAGUAUCGUCACUGCUAGUUGAAAUUUAGAAGAAUAAAAAAAGAAUGCUGUCCCUGCCUUCUUGGCCUCUUUUCAUACUCAUGAUGCGGUUUUUAAACUUCUCAGAAUGACCACGCCCUGCGUCACGUGUAUGCCCUCUCUAACUUGUGCGAAGAAAACAUUCCAACUGAAAUGUGAGUAUAGUCUUAUACAUUUGCUUUCAAUUUCUUUAUAGUAACGCUAUCUUAAUUUGCAAUUUACUUUUAGUUUCCAACAAAGUAUAAAGCAGUUAGGAAACUGAUGAAUCUUUCAAAAAAAAACCUUCAUACCUAACGACGUAAAAUUUUCCUGCAGGGGGCUGGAUGGGUGUUUCCAUAGAGGCAUUUUAUUGGACUUUUGAGUGGAGGAUUUAUCGUUAUCAUAGCCACAAAGGGUAGUAGUAAGGUAUCUCAGGGUCCCUCCCCUCCCCUCUUAUCCCUCCCUGUCAUCCUCAUUCAUUGCGUGACAGUUGCUACUGUAACGACUCCAACCAAGACAAAAAAGAAGCGAAGAAGAACAAACAAGAAUUGUUUUCUGGAGUUUCAGCGCCUUACCAAUGGGGCCAAUCCUUGGGAAAAAAUUAAAACGAAACGAAACGAAAUGAAACAAAACCUGACACCAAAUCAACUAAACUACGAAAACAAAAUGGAAAUGAAACCGCUCAGUCUAGGUCUUCGACAGCAACAGUCAAAUCAGAGCAAAAAUAGCCUUGGGUUGCUUCUCUUUUCCUUUCUUUUUUUUAUCUCCAAAUAGACACAUUAUGCUAGUGAAUUACUCUUGUUAACUUUCGCCAUGAUUUUACUCCCAACAGGAUUGUAUCUGCAAUCAUGAAAGAGUGUGCUAGAAUCGAUUAGAAAGGAACAUCCUCUUUCUUCGGAUUUUUAGUGUUUGCAUGGCUUAAGGCUUUUAGUUACCUUCAUAAGUUUAAAACAUUUUUUAAAUUGUACAAUUCUAUCUCACGCAAGCUAACAAUUGAGCUUAACUCAGGGAUAAAUACAAUAACUCUGUAUCGUGUUUUGAUGGAUCUUAAAAGUGCUAGCGAUAUAACAUUGUAAUUCCGCCUUCUUGGCAGUAAAAUGAAAUGUAAAAACCGAUAGAUUUAUGUUUGCUUCGAAAAGUACCACUGCCUUGCGUUAAGCAAUAAUACACGAAUCAUUAAUUUUUUCUUUUUCGGUUCAUCAGUGUUUUUUAGGA